AUGCCAAAUCAGACUAUUGUAACAGAGUUCAUUCUCCUAGGACAUUCACAGAACCCAAAAUUUCAGAAAAUAAUAUUUGUUGUAUUUUUGUUCACCUAUAUUGCAACCAUGGGAGGCAACAUAAUGAUUGCAGUAACCAUCCUCUGCAGUCCUGCACUGCUUGGAUCACCUAUGUACUUCUUGGCAUUUCUGUCCUUCUUGGAUGCAUGCAUUACUUCAGUCAUUUCAGCAAAGAUGAUUGCUGACUCCCUCGAUGACAGCAAAACCAUCUCCUUUGAAGGCUGCAUGACACAGAUCUUUGCUGUACACUUCUUUGCUGCAGUAGAAGUGAUUGUCCUCAUAGUGAUGGCCUGUGACCGCUAUGUAGCCAUUUGUAAGCCCUUACAUUACUCUUCCAUAAUGAACUGGAGGCACUGUGGCACUCUGGUGGGUGUGGCAUGGGCAGGGGGAUUCUUGCAUUCUAUCAUACAAAUAAUCUUCAUGUUGCAGUUACCAUUUUGUGGGCCUAAUGUCAUUGAUCACUUCAUGUGUGACUUGUUCCCAUUACUGGAGUUGUCCUGCACUGACAUAGAAAUAAAUACUCAAAUAUAUUAUUCAAUUUUAAUUCUUCUGAAGGAACAGGUUUCACACCACAGCCAGCAGCAGCAGCAGACACCGCAGUCAGCUCAUCCUCUCAGCGGGAUCUCUGUCCGAAGUCUCCCUGCAGCGCAGCAGCGAGUUGCAGGUCCGGGUCAGGCUCCUCUCUGUGGGCCGGGUGACCUGAUUCCUCCGUUCCUCCUGCUGGGCGGCUGUCAGCUAAGCUGUCCUCGGGUCCGUUGCCCUGCUGCUGACUACACCACCUUAGUCGCUCUGGAAGCCAUCCGGCUUGGUUUUCAUCCUAUUCCAUUCUGCUCUUCUGGGCUAAGCAGGCUACUGCUUCAAAAUAAGGAUUUAAUACUUUUCCUGGUGAUACAGGCAGAGGCAGCCAUGAAAGUGGUGUCCCUUCUGCCAUAA